AUAAAUUGACGAACGAGCCACAUGAAUUUCACUUUAAUGCCAUUUGUUAAAGGAUAUGGAUGUAUCUGUAAAUCACGUCGUAAUUGCCUUCCUGCUCAUCGUGGUAGCCGGGACCAUCGUUAUAGUUGUCAUUGUCACCAACUUAUCUAGAGGAGACAAUAACUUUGCCUCUCGUGGAGCUACAUGCCGACCAAAAUUUGAUUAUAAGCGGAAAUUGUACGACAAUGACACCGUUGGCACGGUGUAUGAAAUAUUACUUGAAUCUUUCCGCGAUUCGAGCCGCAAGACAGCUGGAAAAAGAGCAAGCGAGGCAGGCGAAGGAAUUGGAGAUUUGAAUGGACUCGGAGCUCGAUUGGACUAUCCGCAGGAUAUUGGAAGCAGGACUCUAUACAUCAAUUCAUUGUUUAAAAGUAAUGACGAUGAUCACAUGGCUGUUGUGGACCACAAAACCAUAGACAGUGUAUACGGAACCAUGGACGACUUUGAUCAGCUUAUUCAGGACACUAAAAAUAAUAAUAUGUCAGUGAUCAUGGAUUUUAUUCCAAACCACACUGGAAAAGAGAGUGUGUGGUUUCAGAAGAGUCAGAGGAGAGAGGGAAAAUAUGCUGACUACUACAUCUGGGCCCCUUGUGACCCAGUUAGUGGGACCUAUAUCAAUAAUUGGAUGAGUGUGAAAGGAGGACGGGCUUGGACAUAUGAUAAGAUCAGAAAGGAAUGCUACCUCCAUCAGUUAGAGAGAGACAAGCCGGACCUGAACCUGAGGAACAGUGAUGUCAGACAGGAACUGGAGAAUAUUCUCCUCUUUUGGCUGAACAAAGGAGUGGACGGUUUCCAUGUACAGAAUGUUCAGUACCUGUACGAAGACCAGGACCUGAGAAAUGAAACUCUCAUCCCAGGAAAGACGGGCAAUGCAUAUGAUGACUUUGACCACACCCAGACCAGAAAUCAUCCAGAGAAUGCGAAGCUGCUGCAGUCCUGGAAACAUGUAUUAGACACCUUCAGUCCCAAGUCAGGCAGAAAGAGGGCUCUUGUUGUAACCACUGGGAAUGACAUUGAUGCGGCCAUCAAGUACUUAGAUGCAGAAGUCAACAUUGUAAGGGUCAACCUGUUGUCUGGGAAAGGAACUUCACUGGCUGAGUGCAUGGAAACCAUUCUGAAACUUGCAGCAUGCAAAAUGUUUGCAUGGAUGUACAGUGAUAAAGAUUCCAGUCGUUUAGCCAGCAGAGUGGGCCCAGAAAACGUCAAAGCAUUCUUAACUAUACAAGCCACCGUCCCUGGGAUUCCAUUCAAUUACUAUGGCAACGAGAUCGGAAUGACUGACCACCCAACACAUUCUGGCCGAUGGAAGUACAGGACACCGAUGCAGUGGGACCGUAAUGGUACAGGGUUUUCCCAAAACCCUCCAUGGCUGACUCAAAAUCCAAACCACAAGACAGUGAAUGUUGAGUCAGAGCUGUCCUCAAAAGAUAAUUUCACCACUCUAAAGGUGUACAGGAGACUCCAGGAGUUGAGGAGGAGGGAAUCCUUCCAGUGGGGUGAGAUGAGAGUGUUCAGGGAGGGGGAUCUCCUGGUGUACACCAGGAAGGCCAAGGGAUUCCCCGGGUAUCUGGUGGCUGUAAACCUGGGGAAAGAAGAGGUGACCAUUGAAUCUCUACUGGCAGCCACAGGAAUUCCGAAGAAAGUCAAGGUUGUGUUCCAUACUCAUAAAAAGAUCCAAGAUACUGACAUUAGUAGGUCUCUGGACAAUUCCUACAUGUUGGGACCUAGUGAAGGGGUCAUAUUGGAAUAUCCUGUAUGAUUUGUUUUGCCUCGCCAUCUUAUCGUGGACACUAUAAUCUGUGAUCAUCGACCAGCCAUAGCAAUAUGUGAUAAAUCUUCUUCCAGAUAAAUACGUAUUUGGGGGAACAAAAAAAGGGGAUUUUUCAUGGCAUAAAAUGCAUUAUUUCUAGGUAUAUUGUCUGGUGGAAGAUUUUUUAAAAACAUAUUUUUUUUCUUGUACAUUGGAGUUUAAGUUUUUGUUGGUGUGUAUAAAUGUGUUGGCAUGUACCAUAAUUUAUUUGAAUACAUAUUUUAACAGAUUUAUGUAUGCGAAUAAUUAAGUUUAACUUAAUUAACGUUAUUUUUAUAGUAUUUUUAUCUUUGAAUAAAAAAUUUUCUCUAA